AUGUACAAAUCAAAACAAAACGCCGGCCGGGGGGCCGGCAUCCUGAGCGCUCUACAGGCCACGUCGAUGGUAGAUUCGAGAGCGAGUCUACCAGCAGAGAUCCUCGUAGCGAUCCUUGACUACCUGCCAGUGGCCGACCAGAUGCGUUUCGCCCGAGCGUCUCGACGUAUGCAAGAAAUGGUCUACGACGACACAAGAUGGGUAUCACGACUUCGAGCAAUGGGGUGUUGGGAUGAAUUAGAGGCUAGGAAACGCUUCGAAGACGCAAUCAAGAGGCGGCGAGAGGCAGCCCAACAGGCCAAGGAGCAGAUAAAAACGCCUACAGGGUCUACGGCAAACGAACAGGCUGUCAAUCCCACAAGCCCGGCAAGCACAACCUUGUUCGAUGCGGCCGCCGAGGGCCACACACGGAAAGCGUCAGCGGACGAGGAUAACCGCCGACGACGCAUGUCGGAGCUCCGCGAUGGGUUCGAGGCGACCAAUAUAGGGAAUACCGUGGUCAAGGACGGCCCAGCCAGCAACCCCGAUGCCUACCUCGACGUCUUCAAGCACUCCCGCAGCAUACGUGGCGGGGCACGUCAAGAGUUCGGCAAGAUCUACGGCGCUCUCGCUCCCUUCUACUUUGACCUCGUGCGUGCCACAUCGCAUGCGGAUCCCAUAUUAUUCAAGGCGUUCCGGGACCCAGAGCGCCAGGGCAGGAUGCUCGCCAAUUUGACGAGGUUUGCACGCAGUGACUGGGCGGCCGGAUGCCUCGAGCGCGAGGAGAAGCUGCAGUCUAUGGUGGGCAUUUUUGAGAGCGCGGUGCUGCGCGAGUUUGAGCAGGGCUACGAGUUCUGGGACGUGGACGGGCGGAUGAAGAGGUAUGCGCACGUGCUGCACGAGCUCAAUGGACAGGGCGGCGUGGACCUCUUCAUCCAGAAGCACCCCAUCUUCGACGACGCGGAGCUCCAGUUCAACCCCGUGGCCUGUCUGAGCCGUGCGAUCCCGGACGAGAUCACUCUCGAGCCUUCCCGGCUGUUCUUUGAGAUGCUGCUCGCCAAGGUCAACGACCAGGCAAGUGUCAUGGCACGGAUAUUCCCCCAGCCAGGAAAGGUCUUCUGGGGUCUUCUCGAGCGCAUCAAAGACGACAUCAUCAUGGAGUAUACCACGCCGCUGUUUGAUGAAGCUCAUGACCGCAGCAUCGCGGCCUACUUGAAAGCUGUGUCGGGCGUUUUCGAGCAGACCCUCCUCUUCUUCCAGUCUCUCACACCACCGCCAGGGUCCGGGGAGGAUGUCAAGGCGAAGGCCAAGGAGCUCACCCUGCGCGUGUUUGAGCCUCACCUCGAUCUCUAUCUACAGGAGGAGCUCGACUUCUUCACGAAGCAUGCGGAGAUGGAGGUGUCUCUAUGGGAAAAGAAGCUUUCCGAGCAAGACUCGACACUCGAGUCCUUUUACAUGUCCAACAUCAAUCGGUCGGCCGACAAGAAGGAUUUUCUGAGCUCGUUCAAGAAGGUUGUCAUGAUGCCCGUCACUGCGUUGCCUAGCAUUGGCUCGCCGUUCGCUACUGCGUCGACUGCCUCAACAGCGAAGCAGCCGGUGCCCAACGGUGCCACAGGGGCCGCGGGACUGACAACGCAGCUGUCGAGACCAGGGACGCCCAGCCUGAGUAUUCCCAUGGAGGGUCGCAAGAGUCCUCUCCCUGACCAGGCCCCCACCGAUGAACUAGCCGCCAAGGCUGCUCUCAUGGCGUCCAAGUUGGAGGGCAUCAAAUCACUGUUCAGCAUCGAAGUUGCCCUCAACCUGGUACAUACCGCCAAAGUCAGUCUUGGCCGGACAUCGGUCUUCAUGACACUCGGCGGCCAGGUCGGCGAGGAAGCUCGCGAGCAGUGCGCCAACAUGUUCGUGGUGCUCCUGCGCAUCUUGGGACAGCGUCACGUCAAGCCUGGCUUUGACCGUGCCGUGGACCACUUGUCGCACUACAACCCACGCGAAGUCAGCGACCACAACCAGCAGGGUGUCGCGCCCCUGGUGACGUUUAUCGAGCUCGUCAAUGUCGGAGAUCUGAUUUCCCAGAUGGUGGAUGUCUUUUACGAGCAGCAGCUCGCGGCGCCCAAGAUCGCGGACAAGGAUGACUUUCUCGAUCCGUCUGGCCUGGCGAAGAAGAAGUUUGAGCAGAUGCUCGAUGAAAGCGUCGCGGCUGGGCUGAACAAGGGCAUCGACGUGCUCAUGGACGAGGUCGAGUAUCUCCACGGUACCAUGCAGCUGCCCACAGACUACAACCCUGCGCCGAGCACCGCCGCCGCCGCCACCUUGUCGGGUGGUGAUGCGGCCGAGAAGCCGGCCCGGGACGAGUCGGACAUGGGACCCACGCCCACCGCGAAGCGCAUCGUCGAGCUCGUCUCCAGCCACACCAAGAUGUUGACCGGCACGACCGACAAGUCCAUGCUGGACGUGUUCAACGGCGAGGUCGGGCUGCGUCUCUUCACGGCCAUAUGCAAGCACCUCAAGCGCCAGCGCAUCUCGACCGACGGCGCCAUCAAGCUCAUUGCCGACAUGAACCUGUACUUUGACUAUGUGCGCACCCUGCGCAACCAGGACCUCCUGGCCUACUUCCGCGCGCUGCGCGAGUUGAGCCAGAUCUACCUCAUCGACCCGGAGCAUGCCAAGGACAUGGCGAGCGUCAUUGCCGACGGAGAUCGCUUUGCGGGCAUCUUCAGAGCGGAGGAGGUCUACGAGUACGCACAGCGACGCGCGGACUGGUAUCACGUUCGGAAAAAGGUGGAACGCGCCAUGUAUGGGUUAGAGUGCAGUGUCAUGUAG